AUGGAUUUCACACAAUUGAAAUUAGAUAAAUUUUGGAAUCAUCGUCAACCAUCAUCACAAUCUACUCUAUUUUCAAAUAAAAAUGAAGUUAAGGCAUCAACUACAAAUACGAAUCCUUCUGCUCGAUGGCGACUAAAUCAACUUCCACCAUUAACAAAAAAUUCCACUACUACUACAUCAAUGAGAACCAUUCAAUUAAUUGAUCCUCUUAUCACACCUAUACCAACAAUGAGUAGUUUGAAACAUAUGCAAUCAGCACAAAAUUUAUUUAGUAUUGGAAAACGUAUGCCUGAAAUUGAAAUAGCAUUAAAACAACUUAUUGCUGAUAUGGAAAAAUGUCCACGACCAGAACAAGAAUCACUACAACCAUUAUCUCUUCGUAAUGUUACAUUACAUGGUUAUCAACGACAUGCACUUGCUUGGAUGGAAUGGCGUGAAACAACUGUACCAUUUGGUGGAAUUCUAGCUGAUGAUAUGGGACUUGGUAAAACUGUUACUACAAUUGCUUUCCUUCUACUUCGAAUGAAUUCAAACAAACAAGAAUGUUCAGAGGAAGUUUUUCAUUCUUCAAAAUCUCGAACAAUUCCAACAACACUUGUUAUAUGUCCAGCUACUCUUAUGAGUCAUUGGGAAAAUGAAAUUAAUAAAUAUAGUCGUAUGAGAUGUUUUAUUUAUCAUGGUUCAUCACGUAAAAAAGACAUUCCAGUGGGUGGUGCCAUUCGUGCUUUUGGACAAUAUUGUGUCGUUCUUACUUCUUAUGAAUUAGUACGAGCUGAACAUACAUCAGAUGAAAUUAAAAAUCCAUUAUUUUCUGUUAAAUGGCAACGAAUUGUUCUUGAUGAAGCUCAUCGAAUACGUUCGCAUAAAUCUCAAACAGCUCAAGCAUGUUCAUCCUUAGAUGCAAUUUAUCGUUGGGCAUUAACUGGAACACCAAUACAUAACAAAGCUGAUGAUUUUUAUUCUCUUCUUCAUUUUCUUCAUUAUUCACCAUUUGAUAUUUAUUCAACAUGGAAAUUAUUCUCAUCAAAUCAAUAUAAAUCCAUUGAACGUAUGAAAACAAUUGUACGUUCAUUAAUACUUCGACGUACAAAAACAGAUUGUGAUUUAAAUGGUAAAUUACUUGUACCAUUACCAUCGAAACAAAUCGAAAUAAUUUGGUUAAAAUUAACCGAUGAAGAAAUGAAACAUUAUCAACGAAUUAAAACUGAAAUGACUGAUGCUUAUAAAUUAUUUAUUCGUAAUCGACGAGAAAAAAAGAAAACAAAUACAGUCGUUCUUUUUACAUUAAUGCUUAAAUUACGUCAAGCUUGUAAUCAUUUAUCAUUAGUUAAAAAUUUAUCAACAGAUGAAAUAUUUGAUGAUAAAGAUGAUGUUGCUUUAGAAUUAUCUAUGUUUAAAUUAGAUUUAGAUGAUACAUUAAAUGACAAAAAUAUUCAAGCUUUAACAAAAGACGCAGAACUUCAAUAUGAUAUGACAUUUAUUAGUACUAAACUUGAUUGUCUUUUAAAAAAACUUAAUUUAAUUGUUAAUCAACAAGGAGAAAAAUGUGUUGUAGUAUCAUCAUGGGUUGGUAUGCUGAAUAUUGUUCGACAUCAUUUAAAAAAAUAUCAAAUACGUUCUCAAACAAUAAGUGGAGAAGUAAAAAUUUCUGAUCGACAAUUAAUUGUACAAGCAUUUAAUAGUGAUGAAAAUAGAUUUAUGGUUCUCCUAUUAUCAUUGAAAGCUGGUGGUGAAGGUCUUAAUCUUGUUGGUGGUAAUCAUCUUUUCUUAUGUGAAUUAUCUUAUAAUCCACAAAAUGAACAUCAGGCAUGUGAUCGAAUAUAUCGAAUUGGUCAACGAAAAGAUGUUCAUAUCUAUCGAUUAAUGGUAAAAAAUACUAUUGAAGAACGAAUUAGUAGUUUACAAGAAACAAAAUUGAAAUUAGCUGGUGAUGUAUUGGCUGGUUGUGUAGAUAGAUUUAGUCUUAAAUUAGAAGACAUUGCUUUUUUAUGCUCAUAA